AGAAGAUGGGAAAAGAAAUUAUCAGUAAUGGAAAAGCAGAUGGUCGAUCAUCCAUGGGGAACUAUGACUCCUAUAAGACUUUUGGAUAAGCAUUUAAAGCUGCUCAUUCUUCAGGUGGACCAGGACAUACUUUCACUUAUCGUGGGAAAAUGUACACAACAGAUUGUAAGGACGGAGGGGAUUAUCGAAAAAAAAAAGAUGAUAGAGGUUCUUUCCUUCAUCGUGUAAGCCAAUAUGGACAUCAAAUCAAUAAAUUUGUCAAAGAAUCAACAGGUUUUCAUUGCCAAGAUUAUCUAACUGGAAGAGGCUAUAAAUGGUCAUCUGAUGUAGAUAAGCAAAGAGUUGAAUAUCAUCGACGUGAGAUUGAAAAGUAAUAGAAAAAAUAAUAAAAAAAAAAAAAAUGA